CGGAGUGCCAACGGGAACUUGAACACCUACCUCUUCAUGAUGCAAGCCCAAGGUAUCAUGAUUCGUGAAAACAUGAAAACGAUAGGAGCGCAAGUUUAUGAACAGGUGGUCCGUAGUGCCUAUGCCAAGAGGAACAGCACUGGAAAUGACUCUGAUUAUCCUCUUGAUUUGAAUCACAGUGAAAACUUUCUGCAAACAACAACUUUUCUUCCUGAAGAUUUUACUUAUUUUCCAAAUCAUAUUUGCCCUGAGAGGCUUCCUUCUAUGAAGGGUCCCAUUGAUGUAAAUAUGAGUGAAAUCAGUAUGGAUGAGAUCCACCAGUUUUUCUCUCAAGACCCUACUAUCAAAUUAGGAGGCCACUGGAAACCUAGUGACUGCUUGCCUCGCUGGAAAGUGGCUAUUCUUAUCCCAUUCCGCAAUCGUUUUGAACAUUUGCCGGUUCUCUUUAAACAUCUUAUUCCACUGCUGCAACGCCAGCGUUUGCAAUUUGCAUUUUAUGUCAUUGAGCAAGCAGGUAAUCAGCCCUUUAAUCGUGCUAUGCUCUUUAAUAUUGGCUUUCGGGAAGCUAUGAAGGACUUGGACUGGGACUGUUUGAUCUUUCAUGAUGUGGACCAUAUACCUGAGAAUGAUCGUAACUAUUAUGGAUGUGGACAGAUGCCAAGACAUUUUGCUACAAAGUUGGAUAAGUACAUGUAUAUCCUUCCAUAUGCUGAAUUUUUUGGUGGAGUGAGUGGCUUGACAGUGAAACAGUUCAAGAAAAUCAAUGGCUUUGCAAAUGCGUUCUGGGGCUGGGGUGGAGAGGAUGACGACCUUUGGAACAGGGUUCACUAUGCAGGCUAUUUGGUUACUCGGCCAGAAGGAGAUACAGGGAGAUACAAGUCAAUUCCCCAUCAUCACAGAGGGGAAGUUCAGUUUUUAGGAAGAUAUGCACUGUUGAGGAAGUCCAAAGAGAGGCAAGAAUUGGAUGGCCUCAAUAAUUUGAACUAUUUUCCAAAUAUUACAUAUGAUUCUUUGUAUAAAAACAUAACUGUCAAUCUAUCACCAGAGCUGGCUCUGGUGAGUGAAUACUAAGAGAAUAUGAGAAGAGAAUGUCAAGAGAUGGUUUUAUAGAUGUCUCCUGGAGAAGAAUAAUCUUGUGUCGAAUGAAGGAUCACAGUAUUUUGAAGAAUAAUUUUCAAAACUACGCACAGAGAUCAAUAGACUGUAAGACAUAUUCAUACCGUCGGCGAGUUCAGACUUAACUUGCUUUUUCAUUUCUUUUCGAAAAGAACAAUGGUGUGACCUGCUGCUUUUGUCCCAGCAUUCCAUUUCCUUAAGCAAUUUCCAGUAACAAAUAGAAAUUGAAUGUGCUUUCCUGCUCAUAAAACCAGUUUGGCUUAAAAAGAAAAGAAAAGAAAGAAAAAUCUUGAUUUCUUGACUUAAAGUGUGGGAAGCUAUCCUGUAAGUAACGGGUGUCAAACUCACAGCAUCACAUUGCCAUCACAUGACAUAUUGCGAUGUUUUUUUCCUUUGUGGAGCUGGGGUGGGUGUGGCCUCUCCGUGAGGCAUCCAGCCCGCGGGCCGCCAGUUUGACACCCCUGCAGUAAGCUAUGACCAUUAUUGGAGAUGAACUGCUACCUAACAGUGGCACCAUUUUUUUGCAUUUGUGUUUGCAUUGGUUUUCUAAUUGACUUGCUCAAAGGAAAAAAGAUAUAUAUAUCUAUCUAUAUAUAUAUAUCUAUAUCUAUAUAUACACACAAUCACUUCUUAAAGAAGUAUAGAUGUAGAUAAGCUGUAUAAAUUGCUUUCCUUUAUUUUUAAAAAAAUGCAGUUCAAAACUGAAGCCGAAGGUUUACAACUUAGCAUAACUCAAGUAAGCCCUCAACUGUGCAAGCACUUCAGUACAUCAGGAUGACAUGCAAGUAAUUCUCUUCAGGGCUAUUUAAGCAGUUAUUGAGAUUGAGACUGUCAGUUGAUAGGUUAUUUUGGAAACAAUACCAGUCUUUAUUGGAAAAGGAGGAAUCCAGCAUUGGGAGAGUGAGUUUUAUUCAUGAAAGUGCAAAGGCCAAUUGUAUUUUGGGGAUUGCAUAGUCUUUCUGGGUGUUUUUGUGUGUGUGUGACCCUGUGCAUUUUGUCCCCGUAUUCCAAACUGACAGCAAAACAUUAGAGAAAAUAUCUCCCUGUUUUAUCUUGGUAAGGAAGGGACAAAAAGUCUCCAGAAAGUUAACCAAGUUUCCACUUUGGUUUGGGUAGAGUUUGCAAAUCAGUCGGUCUUUGGUUGGAAGUCUAUAGUGAUUUCUGUAUCAUUAAUUUGGGGGGGGGGGAGGUAUAAAUAAUAUUUUGAUAUAUUUAUUGUGUAAAUGAAACUGAACUAAUGUAGACUAAAACUGUAGGUUGAAGUUCUUGGGUAUGAUUAUUAACCAGAAAAACAUUGCACAAGUACAAGUACUGGGAUAAAUGUAUCCAGACUCCAACUCUUAAUUAAAAGAAUGAAGGGCAUUGAGAUUACUUUAAAAAAUAUGUGAAUAUCAGGCAGAAUUGGUUGGUCCAUAAUCUCUAUCUAGUUUUUGUUUUAACCUACCAUAAUAAGUUUGUGCCUUUGUUUUGUUUUGUUUUUCUGGUUUAAAACCAGUCCAUCUCUUUAAAUAGCAUGUACAGACUUUUUUAAACUGGGGUAUUUACUCUGGUAAAACAAAUUGUUCUUUAAUAUAUAUUUAUAGACAGAGUUUAAUGUGAAAAGUACUUUAAUCUCUUUGAUUGCAUUGUUGCCUUCAGUUGCUUUAACUUGUAUAGGGUUGUGGGUUUUUUUUAUUUUGUUUUAUUUUGGGUUUGGUAGAUAUAUGACCCCCCCCAUAUAUAACUGUUGUGGAGGUGAUUAACCAAACCCAUUUUCUUGAAUAUCAAGAGUUAUGAAGGGACGAGUGCUUGUGUAUGAAAGAGAAAGUGUGCAUGUGUGUAUCUUAUCGGCUGGUAUGAAAGGGCAGGAAGUCUGUUCUUGAAUUUGCUGAUAAGUAGACUUUAAAAUGUUUCAUAAUAGUACCUUUAUGGUUGCUGCAGAGGGAAUAACUUACCUUUUAUUCUUUUAAUGGCACAUGAAGCAAUAAAGACUUCUACAUUUUGAUAAUUUUCAGUUGUGAAUAAUUCAUAUGUAUUUUUUUUAACUUGGAAGGCUAGUAGAAAUUAACAUUUUAUUUAAUGGUGCUUCGGUUGAGAAUGUGUUUCAAUCUGUCUUAAUUCACCUUGACAUUUCCAAACAGCUAUUUGGCAGUGUUGCCCUCCCUCUCCCCCCUCCCUCUCUGUCUUUAAAAAUAGAUUGUGCACCCUUCUACUAAACCCUCUGAAUUAACUCUGCUAAGAAAUGCACUUGUUGAAGAUUGGUGUGAAAGAGUCAGUUUCACUUCUUAAUUAGUUCUGGAUUGAUCCCCCACCCCUCAAAAAAAAUAUUUUCUUGCCCUUCCUUUAAAAGCGUGGAAUAUCUUUUAAAUGUGCACUGUUGCUCUUAUCAGAUAAGUCAGCUAUUGUAUGGUAAAUAUAAUUGUUGGAAACAUAACUGUCAAGCGCAUGUGUUGAUAUGGUGUUUUUUAAAAUGUGUACAUUAAUAGCUGAAAUGUCAACAAAGUGCUUCCCAUUUCCAUCAGCACUGUCAGCUAAUAUUGCUAAGGGAUAAAACACUAUCAUUACAAAAAUGUAUGUUUUAUAUGAGCCAUGUGGGUCUUUAUUUGCUAAACCUCUUUAUUGUUUUUUUUGUAAAAACUGUUUUGUAUUCAGUUUAACAUCUGAGCAACCACUGUGCAUUGCCAAACAUCUACUGUCAAAGAUAGAAUUGAAUCAUAUGUAAUUUCUUUCUUUCUGUUGUUUUGAGCUUCUCUGUGUUUUCUGUGAGGCUCCAGGGGUAUAUUUUUGCACUGAAAUCUAGUGUUAAAACACAAUUUUCAGCAAUCCAUUGUAUCAUUGAAUUUAUGCACCUGUGUGUUUGUACAUUUUUGUAUUUGUUAACUUAUGAGUGAUUUUUUUCAGUAAAAAGAAUACAUAUUCAAGAACCAAGAAA